ACUCAAACAGAGCAGUUUCUCCAAUAGCUGAAAGACUACGGAUCCCUUGCUGACUGAAGAAGAGUGUCUGUGAACACAAUGGCAUCAUCAUCAUCAUCAUCAUCAUCAUCAUCAUCAGUCCCUCUAUCCAAGGCCAACACCGCCUUCUCUCUGGCUCUGUCCAAACAGCUGAGCAAUAACGACAAGACUGCAAAUAUCUUCUUCUCUCCGUUUAGCAUCUCUUCAGGCCUGGCUAUGGUGAUGCUGGGGGCUGGAGGCAACACAGCCACACAGAUAUCCGAGGUCCUCCACUUCACUGAGACACAGCAACAGCAGGAAGAAGCUCAACCACAGAUGCACACAUCAGUGCAGUCGCCGAUGCAGUCACAGAUACAGACGCGCAUUCAGAUGCAGACACAGAUACAGCGCACCUCCAGACUGCCACAGUAUCUGCUCAAGGUCUUCUCUGGCUGUUUGCAGUGCCUGAAACCCCAGGACUGUCAGGACGAUGUCCACUCUGGCUUCACCCAACUGCUGAGCGAGCUCAACAAGCCAGACGCUCCGUACGCCCUCAGUGUGGCCAACAGACUGUAUGGGGAGCAAUCUUACCAGUUUGUUGAGGGCUUUUUAGCAGAAACCAAGAAGCACUACCAUGCUGAGCUGGAGUCUGUGAACUUCCAGUCCAGUUCGGAGGACAUCAGGGUGAAGAUCAACAGCUGGGUGGAGGAGCAGACACAAGGUAAAAUCAAGGACCUGCUGGCCCAGCACAUUGUGGAUGGCUUGUCCAAACUGGUGCUGGUCAAUGCCAUCUACUUCAAAGGCAACUGGAACAAACGGUUUGAGGAGGAUUCCACUGUUGAUGCUCAGUUUAGAAUAAACAAGAACGAUACCAAGCCAGUGAGAAUGAUGUGCCAGAAAAGUAACUUCUCUCACGCCACCAUCCCUGAGGCCAACUUCCAGAUCCUACUGAUGCCCUAUAAAGGGAAUGACCUAAGCAUGCUCAUCUUCCUGCCCAAUGAGAUAGAGGACGAUACAACAGGCUUGGAGAAGCUGGAGAAGGAGCUGACCUAUGAGAAAUUUGUGGAGUGGACUCGUCCAGAUUUAAUGGGUCAAACCGAGGUGGAGGUGAGACUGCCUCGAUUCAAGCUGGAGGAGACGUACGACCUGAAUGACGUCCUGAAAAGCAUGGGCAUGGAGGAUGUUUUUGAUGCUGCAAAGAGUGACUUCUCUGGCAUGUCUUCAGCAAACGACCUGGUGCUGUCAAAAGUCAUCCACAAGGCUUUUGUGGAGGUAAAUGAAGAGGGAACUGAGGCUGCUGCCGCCACCGCCGCCGUCAUGACGGAACGCUCUGCGAUGAUUCCUACCAUAUUCACAGCAGACCACCCCUUCCUGUUCUUCAUCCGACAUAACCCCACCAUGAGUGUCCUCUUUGCUGGCCGAUUCUGCUCCCCUGUGUGAGCACGGUGCCCUUUACAGCAGUGUGACUCAACUCAGUGAGUCCACAGCCUCUCUUAAUUUGCUCUAGCUAUACAUCCCAUUUCCUAGUUCCGAGUUACAUUUAAAUCCCCAUCCUAUAUGAAUCCCACAGCACAAAUUUGCAAAUUUGCAGGAAAACAUUAAAGUGGAAAAUGUGGUUCUACACAGUGCACCUUCACAUUCACAUUUACAUCCACAUCUAGAAAACAGGUGUAGCAUUUGUUGCUUGCAGGUGUGCUUGUGCUGAAUCCCAAACUUUUCCUGAUUAUUUGUAUGUUUUGAAAUAGUCUUUGCUUGUAAGUGAGUGGGUGUGUAUUCUUUUGCAAUCUCAGACAGGCUGUUGAAAUGUUGCACCAUCACAUCACAAUAAAAGGCAUUGAAAUGUACCAUUACCAUAUGAGUAUGCUGAGCAUGGAGUUUAAUGAAAGAGUUAAUGAAUCAAACUAAGGCCACAGUAUUUAUCCUUAUGCCUGCAUGAAUAAAAUAAAGGUGUUAGGUU